CAAGUAUUUGGACACUGCAGGUUGAUCAAGAUCUUCCGGUAAGUGCACAGCAAUAUACAAGUACCUGUAGCUCCAAUUUGGUGGUAUGAAGUGACGAGAUCACCAGCAAGGCAAUCCAAACGAAACUUGCGCCUCUCCAGCCUCACCCUAUACCUUUGUUAGACCCGCCACAAGUAGGUGACGUGACAGGGACCUGAGAGAGUAUUGAGGUCUCAUCGACAUUUGACCGCUUGGUCCUCGAACUCGAUAAGGAAAAGGGACAGUGACCAAAAAGAACAGCAAGAACACAAAUCAAGAAAGAAAGAAGAAAAAUGGCGUCUUCACCUCCUCAACCAUCUCCGGGAUCACCACCAACAACAACGACCUCCACCCCUCCGGCCCCGGCGCUCCCCCCGACGAUGCGCGCGUGGCAAUUCACGUCCACGCACGGCGGGCUGGAGAAGAACCUGAAGCUCAACGGCACGGCGGCGCUGCCGCCGCACGACGCCAAGGCGCUGGGCCGCGACAGGGUGCUGGUCAAGGUGGUCGCGGCGGCGCUGAACCCGGUCGACUACAAGAUCGCGGAGCUGCCCGUGGUGGGCCGGCUGGCGAUCCGGACGCCGAGUUCGCCGGGGCUGGACUUUGCCGGGCGCGUCGUGGCGGUCGGGGUUGAUGGUGGUGGUGGUGGUGGUGGUGCGCCGUCCGCAGAGCAGGAGGAUAGCGUCCAGGUCAAGGUCGGCCAGAUGGUGUUUGGGCGCCUGGACCAGCCGACCCGCUUCGGCGCGCUGGCUGAGUACACCGUCGCGCGCAGGGCCGGGCUGGCGGUCGUCCCCGAGGGCGUCGCCGCGCGAGACGCCGCGUGCGUCGGCACCGCGGGCCUGACGGCGUACCAGGCCAUCGCGCCCAACGUCAAGAGAGCCGACAGCGGCAGCGCACGGCAGCCCCGCGUGUUCAUCAACGGGGGCAGCGGCGGUACGGGCGUCUGGGGCAUCCAGAUCGCAAAGGCCCUCGGGUGCCGCGUCGUAGCGAGCUGCUCGGGCAAGAACGCCGAGCUGUGCAGGAGCCUGGGCGCGGACGAGGUGCUGGACUACACGAAGGAGGACGUCCUGGGCGCGUUGAAGAAGAUGGCCUCUUCGACAGGUACGCCUCCUACCGCUACGGCUACAGGUGCUACAGGUGGUACGGCCGGCUCACCGGACGCCGACGACGACCAAAAGUUCGACCUCGUGGUCGACAACGUGGGCACCGCCGACAGCCUCUACUGGCAGUGCCACCACUACACCUCCCCGGGCGCCAAGUACGUCCAGGUCGGCGCCGGCAUGUCCGCGCGCGCGGUGCUGCAGCUGGCCCUGAAGGCGCUCUGGCCCGGCUUCCUGGGCGGCGGGAAGCGCAAGUUCCACAUGAUGAUGGUGUCGAGCGACCCGGCGCAGCUGGCGCAGAUCGCCCAGUGGAUGGUCCAGGGCAAGGUCAAGGCCGUGGUGGACGAGGUCGUGCCCAUGGAAGACGCCCCCAGGGCGUUUGAGAAGCUCAAGACCGGUCAUGCGAGAGGCAAGAUUGUGGUGGCCGUCAGCGAAUGAUGAUGACGAUGAUGAUGACGAUGACGAUGACGAUGACGACGUUCUUCUUGGGAUGCAAGAGUAAGCAGACGGAGAAAGGGGGAAGGAGACCAGGCAAACAAACGGGUUGUAGGCAACAGAUGUGGUCUGCUGGGUGGCCCUUUUCUCUCGCGUGGUGUGUUUGGGUGCGCGUGGAUGGGUGGGUGUAAUCAAGUGUUUGCUACAUGUUUCAAGGAACGGCGGGCCAAGGAAAUGAGGGAACACAUCAGGUGCUCAUGGGCGUUCUGUCUCUGGAGACUAGCGGUGUAGAAUUGAUCUCUGAUCUCUGAUCUCUGCCCCCAGGCGAGAUGGCCAUAUUCGAGUAUGGAAAUGAAGAGCAAAAUCACGCCAAAA